CUGGAGGAGGGCAUGGCAACCCACCCCAGUAUUCUUGCCUGGAGAAUCCCCAUGGACAGAGGAGCCUGGCAGGCUGCAGUCCAUAAGGUUGCAAAGAGUCAGAGAUGACUGAAGUGACUUGACAUGGAUGCACCCACAUCUUUGGGCUACAGACAAUAGCUGUUUCAUUUCUUCUUAAAAAUAAUUAUGUUCCUUCACCAAUGAAUUUCUCAGUGUCGUGGGGUAGAAGAUGUUUCUCCACUCUUCUUGGAAGGUGCAUACACGGGCAAUGGGCUGCAUAUGAUACACUCAGGUCACCUUUCCACAUCUUUCCAAACAUUUGAUUACUUCUGCAUAUACCAGGCAAUUUUUUCUGGCUUCCAAAUUCACCUUACUCAGGGAAGCCUUCAGUUUAGGUUCUAGUUAACUAACUAAACAAACAACUAUAAUGGACCUUUGAAGAACCCAGGUUUGAGUUGUGGAAGUUCAUUUAUACACAGAUUUUUUCCAAUUUUAAAUACUACAAUACCACAUGACUUAUGGUUGGUUGAAUCCAGAACUGCAGAAUUAAGGAACCCGACCUCAUAUAGGUAGGUCAACUAUAAAUUAAAAAUGGAUUUUUCUACUGCAUGGAAAAUCAGUGCUCCCAACCCCUGCUUUGUAAGGGUCAACUGUACGUCAUAAAUUCAAACACUCUAAUAGGAUAUUCUUCCCUCAGUUUGGUACCUUCAUACCAUUCCUAUACACUAGUAUGAAAUAAAUUGGGAAAAUAUUAAAACUCUUUGAUAUGUAAAUCUUAUAUUCUCAGCUUUGACUUAAUGUCUCCUGAGUAUGUUGGGAGCUUCAGAAAAAAAGAAAAAGAAAAAGAAACAACUAAGGAUGAGGGAUAAGGAGUUUUUAUUUACCUUGAAAGGUAGCUUCCUCAGGUGAAGUCAUUAAAGUGUCCUCAAACAAGUUAGGAGCAGCCUCGUCAUACAGGCAAAGAGGAGCUUCUUUGGCUGGCAAACUCUCCAGGAGAGUCAGAGGUUCAGGGUAAUUUGAGUCAUCAAAACCUUCAGGUAUAUCCUCAUUUCUAUUAUUUUCUGAUCAAAGUUUAAAUUCCUCAUUAUAUAUCUACAGAGAUGAACUCAGUUGUUGUAAUAUAUCAACUGACAGAAUCAAUGUUUGCUCUAGAAAUUACAGCUUAGUCAUUGAUAGCUCUUGGUUUCACUCCAUUGUUUAGGCAAAGGAUUAACAAAUAUGAAUCUGUAAUUCUCCGUGAGGUUUCUAGAAUGAUUAGAAGAGAUGAUCCAACACAACUGUAAGUGAAUUUCUGAAACUCUUCAUUCUGUCUAGGGUUUUAUAUCAUCAAAAGACUUGCCUUCAGUGGGUACUUUAUUUUAGGUGAUCACAGGUGAUAUUAACUAUUUUAAACCAAGUACCAUGAGAAUCCUGAGUCCCUUCUUUUCAUAUUAGUUUGAUAUUCACUGCCUAGCCACAGCCAACCCUUCCCCCACCUCGUGCACACACAAGCACUUAUUUUAUUUUUCCCAGAAGGAUUUCUGUUUUGAGUUGAAAUUACAUCUCCUACACUGUAUCUUUGUUUCUUCUUGCAUGUUCCAAUACAGUUAGAAUUAGUUUAGAAAUGCAUCAAAAGUUUUCACUUUGAAAACUCUAAUGAACAGACAAAAAGUGUUUGUAGAUAUUCUUGAGAUGACACAUAUUUACAUGAGCAGGUAUACCUGAAAUUUUCUCUGUCCUGAUAGAUUUCCAGUGGAAUUUUCACAAACAAGUAAUGUACUCAAGGGAUUACAUCCCCAAAGCCCCCGAAUCUCAUAAAUAUAGCCUUGCUUUACAAUGUGUUUUUGACAUUUGUCCUUAUCAUUGAGGUACAAACAUCUGCAGGUAAUAAUUUUCCUUUUCUAUUGAUACAAUAAUAUUUGUUUUUCAUUUUUGUAUUAGAGCUUAAGAUUUGGGUUACUUCAAGGAAAUAAUCCUUUCUUAAGUCCACUUAUUUCUAUGAGCAGUACUUUGUAUUAUUAUAUACAUCAUCUUAUUUAACACAAGAUCAUGUGAAGUAUUUUUUAAAGAAACAAAUACAUAAUGAAGGGUUGAAAACUUAUAUAAAUUGUCUAAGAUUUCAUAGAUAAUCAGUGGUAAAGCUAGAAUCUGAUUCCAGACCUAUAUGGCUGCAAAGCUCAUGGCAUAUCUUUACAAUGCUUUGGUCCAUGCCAUCACUGACAUUCAAAAUAGGCUCUGAUUUCCCCCACUACCCCUCCUCCACAGUUUUGGGAGUAGCCUUCAUUACCUUUUUUGUUCAUUCAGCGGUUAAACACAACAUAAUAAUAUCUAUCCAUUAUUUCUUCAAAUUAUCUUCUUUACUUGGUCUUUGAACAUUAACUCCAUUCUACUGGAGUUAAGAAAGGUUAUUUUCAAGUCUCCUUAUUUUCUAUUGAAUGAAGAGGUCCUGCUUCCAUCUCUCUUUAACUCCUGAAGCCUUUUUCCUAUGUUUCUUAUACUUAACGAUUAUCAACAAAAUCUCAUGUCUUCAGUAUCUCUUUAGAGUAUUCCACUCUCUUCAUUCUUCUUUUCUAUAGAUAUUAAUGCUUUGCUAACCCUGAGGACAUUUUUUUUUUCUCUACAGUCUUCUCAAGAGACACAUGCUUUUUCUCUUACUCUUAAUACCCCUGGGCCUGGUAGAGGCUGGUAUUCCUUCUCCACUGGCACUUGCAGACAUUGUUUCUCUUUGGACUACAAACGCUUAUAGUUGAGUUUACAUCAUCAGCCUCUAUAACCAAUCCUCCUUAUCCUCCUUCACCUUUUUGCAAUCACCUACUAACUAGCAUUAUGUUUCCUCAUCUUUGGAAAGUUUUUGGCUUUGGCUUGCUCUAUCUCUCUUAAUGGUAUCCCUGUCACAAUUCCUGAUGGACAAGAAUUGUGAUUUUAAUAUCUUCAUAGAGAAGAUCCUUUGAACAUUAUGGCCCCUUAGUUUCUUGAUUUCCCCUCCAAAGAUCUUCUUUUUCUCCCUACUGUAUCCAGUCACUCCAUUGUCAGAUUUACUAGGCAGUGGCAUUUGCCAAUAACUGCAGCUUUGGAUCUCAUUUAAGCAUCUCAAACUGUAACUAUCACCAUCUCCUGUCUUUCUAGCUCAUUCUCUUUAGUAGAAUAAUGAAAGCAUUUCCCUGGGGGCCUGACAUUUUUUUGUUGGCUUUACCCAUCUCAUGUACUCAUUCAUCUUAAAUGCUCUGCUUAAAUAAUGGUGGUUUCACUCUCUACUUGCAUCUGCUCUCAAAUGUCAUACCUAUCUCUUUUAUUGCUCUCCAAAAGAAAUCCUAGUUAAAUUUGAUUUCUUACCUACCAAGGACCCCUAAUAGUCCAGUUGAACACAUGACCACAUCAAUUUUCUGUAUCAGGGCACUGAGUACAUAUAUCAUCUGCCUCACAGAGUUGCCAUUACCUUGUAGCCCUUUAUUUAUAUGAAUUACUAGAUUUCAAAGUCAUCCUUUUAAGAGUAAAGAUAUUACCUAUAUUAUUAAUGUAUUAAUGUAAUUGAAAAAUUCUUUGAACAUAUAAAUGAACCAAAUAUACGUUCUGAUAUUCUAUGUUCUUCUUUAGAAAGUAUAGAAAAUAUUUGUGUUUUAUCAAUGUGGUAAUGAGUUAGAAGGCUCCAGGAAUGAAAUUUGACUUCAGCUCAGUUGUAAGAAAGACCUUUAACCUAAAAUUAGUUACCAAACUUCUGUAGAUCUCAGUUUCUAACUUUAUAAAAUGAGAGAGAUGGAAUGGAUGGGGCUGCAUUUUGAAGCUUAGCAUUCUGUGAUGGUGAAAAAGCUCUCAUGCUUUUCUUGCUUUUUCAUGUUUUUUUUUUUUCCCCCCUCAAACAAGUUGAUAAGGGAAAGAGUUUCUUAGAAGCUGACCUAAGGUGUGAUUUUUCACAGACAGGUGCUAUUCACAUGGGGCUAGAUACCUGUGGGAAGUAGGAAGCUGGAACCUUUUUGCCAACAGCCAUUGCCCCAGGUUAUGCAAAGUCUCAGGCACUUGUGGAAUCUUUCUGGAGUAAUCUGAUCAAUGUGUCUGGUUCCCUUUACCUGGAUUGACUCACUAUCAUGAAUCAGAUAACUUGAUCCUAACAUGAUACCAUCUCCUUUUCCAAAACUCAAUCUCUCCAGGUUGAUUUGAUCAUGGUUUGAGCACCUUGUUCUACAUCCUGCCUCUGUCCAAACUUCCUGGAUAUUUGUUGUGCUUGAAAACUGUGAUACCUGUUUAAAUUCAGUUGCUCAUCCUCUUUCAUACAAGAAGUGAUACCUCAUAUAUUUUGAACAGUUGUUCUUUUCCAUGGGUCCUGGCCCAUUCCAGCAUUUCUACUCCCUUUCAUCAUGUCUUUGGCUUAGAAGAUAUAGUUAUUGGGUCGCUAAUACUGUCUGGUGGCCAUCUCUAGGAUGUGCUCAUGUGAAUUAUUCCUCAUGGACCACCUAAACCAACUACACAAUGCAAAUGUGACUUGAAUGUGUUAAGUUAAAAAACCAGAUUUUUCUGAGUAUUCUUGGCCUUAUAUCAAUGAACAUCUAUAUUUUCAAGUUCUAUGCAAGGUAUCAUGUGUGAAAACAUUUCCCCCAAAUAUUUACAUGUGAGUAUAUAUGUUGGUACUUUCUUAUAUAGCUAUUGUAAAACUAAGUCUGCAGAGUAUAGUAUUUUCUUCUAAUAUCCACUUGUUUUUCUUUCAGUGGGCACCAUUCUCAGUAUAGAUGGGGACUGGAAACUAUACAACUGUGACAGAGUUCAUUAUUUUGGGGUUAGCGGAGAAUACUACAGUUUGUGCCAUUUUAUUUAUUGUGUUUUUGGGAAUCUAUCUAGUUACCUUAAUGGGUAAUAUCAGCAUAAUCAUGUUAAUCAGAAGCAGCCCUCAGCUUCACACCCCAAUGUACCUUUUCCUCUGCCAUUUGGCCUUUGUGGACAUUGGAUACUCCUCAUCAGUCACACCUGUCAUGCUCAUGGGCUUCCUCAGGGAAGGAACUUCUAUCCAUGUUGCUGGUUGUGUUGCUCAGCUCUGUUCUGUGGUCACAUUUGGGACAGCUGAGUGCUUCCUGCUGGCUGCCAUGGCCUAUGACCGCUAUGUGGCCAUCUGCUUGCCCCUGCUCUACUCCACCCACAUGUCCCCCAGAAUCUGCAUUCUCUUAGUGGGGGCUUCCUAUCUAGGUGGGUGUGUGAAUGCUUGGACAUUCACUGGCUGUUUGUUAAGCCUGUCCUUCUGUGGAUCAAAUAAAGUCAAUCACUUUUUCUGUGAUUAUUCACCACUUUUGAAACUUUCUUGUUCUCAUGAUUUUACUUCUGAAAUAAUUCCAGCCAUCUCUUCUGGCUCAAUUAUUGUAGUCACUGUGUUUAUUAUUGCUCUCUCUUACAUCUACAUCCUUUUCUCAAUCCUGAAGAUGCAUUCCACUGAGAGGCGGCACAAAGCCUUCUCCACCUGCACAUCCCACCUCACAGCAGUUACUCUGUUCUAUGGGACCAUCACAUUCAUUUAUGUGAUGCCCAAGUCCAGCUACUCAGCUGAACAAAACAAAGUGGUGUCUGUGUUCUACACAGUCAUAAUCCCCAUGUUGAACCCCCUCAUCUACAGUCUCAGAAACAAGGAGGUUAAAGAGGCCAUGAGAAAAUUAAUGGCUAGAACACAUUGGUAGUCCUAAAACAAUCUAAUUUUUAAUAAUAAACAUUGUGUAAUGAAGACUUCUCCUGCAGAUGAAUAAAUCAUAUACUGAGUAAAUUUCAGUGUAUAUUCAUAGUAUUUGAGACUCACAAAUUUUAUUCUAAGAAAAAAAUUCAGUGUAAAAAAAAUAAAUGUGCAUUCAUCAGUAUAGGAAUAUUAGCCAAAAAAAAAAAAAAAAAGUUUUAUUCUUACUUUACCCACCAUUUUUCGCCCCUACAAGUACUGCUGCUGCUGCUGCUAAGUCGCUUCAGUCGUGUCUGACUCUGUGCGACCCCAUAGACGGCAGCCCACCAGGCUCCCCCAUCCCUGACAUUCUC